CCCGCCCAGCCGCGGGGCUUAGUGGGAAGGGGUCGAAGCCAGUCGCUCUUAAGGACCUGGAAGGUAUUUUUCGGGCCCUGCUAACCUUGCCGCGAUGUGGUUCGAGAUUCUCCCCGGGCUCGCCGUCAUGGGCGUGUGCUUACUCAUCCCCGGGAUUGCCACCGCGCACCUCCACAGGUUCAGUAACGGGGGCAAGGAAAAAAGGGUUGCAUAUUAUUCUUAUCAGUGGACUUUGAUGGAAAGAGAUAAACGUGUCUCUGGAGUUAAUCGUUACUAUAUGUCAAAGGGUUUGGAGAACAUUGAUUAAGGAAGCAUUUUCCUGAUUGAUGAAAAAUGACUUAGUCAUGUUCAUCUACCCCUGCUAGAAGGUUAUGCAGUGUAUUAUGUAAUGUGUAAU